CAGCUCCUUGUGCACCAAAGAAAACACAAAAGGGAAAAAGCUUUUCAAUGCUCAGAGUGUGGAAAGAAAUUCAGUCACAGAGGCACUUUUCAAAGUCAUCUAAGAACCCACAUGGGGGAGAAGCCUUUUGGAUGCUCAGAGUGUGGAAAGAGAUUCAGUCAGAGUGGCAAUCUUCAGGAGCAUCUAAGAACCCACAUGGGGAAGAAAGCUUUUGAAUGCUCAGAGUGUGGAAAGAAAUUCAGUCACAGAGGCACUCUUCAAAAGCAUCUAAGAAGCCACAAGGGGGAGAAGCCUUUUGAAUGCUCAGAGUGUGGAAAGAGAUUCAGUCACAGAGGCACUCUUCCAAAGCAUCUAAGAACCCAUACAGGGGAGAAGCCUUUUGAAUGCUCAGAGUGUGGAAAGAAAUUCAGUCACAGAGGCAAUCUUCAAAGUCAUCUAAGAACCCACACAGGGGAGAAGCCUUUUGAAUGCUCAGAGUGUGGAAAGAGAUUCAGUCAGAAUGGCAGUCUUCAGGAGCAUCUAAGAACCCACACGGGGGAGAAAGCUUUUGAAUGCUCAGAGUGUGGAAAGAAAUUCAGUCACAGAGGCACUCUUCAAAAGCAUCUAAAAACCCAUACAGGGGAGAAGCCUUUUGAAUGCUCAGAGUGUGGAAAGAGAUUCAGUCACAGUGACACUCUUCAAAGUCAUCUAAGAACCCACACAGGGGAGAAGCCUUUUGGAUGCUUAGAGUGUGGAAAGAGAUUCAGUCAGAAUGGCCAUCUUCAAAGUCAUCUAAGAACCCAUACAGGGGAGAAAGCUUUUGAUUGCUCACAGUGUGUAAAGAAAUUCAGUCACAGAGGCACUCUUCCAAAGCAUCUAAGAACCCAUACAGGGGAGAAGCCUUUUGAAUGCUCAGAGUGUGGAAAGAGAUUCAGUCAGAAUGGCCAUCUUCAAAGUCAUCUAAGAACCCACACAGGGGAGAAGCCUUUUGAAUGCUCAGAGUGUGGAAAGAAAUUCAGUCACAGAGGCACUCUUCAAAGUCAUCUAAGAACCCACAUGGGGGAGAAGCCUUUUGGAUGCUCAGAGUGUGGAAAGAGAUUCAGUCACAGAGGCACUCUUCCAAAGCAUCUAAGAACCCAUACAGGGGAGAAGCCAUUUGAAUGCUCAGAGUGUGGAAAGAAAUUCAGUCACAGAGGCAAUCUUCAAAAGCAUCUAAGAACCCAUACAGGGGAGAAACCUUUUGAAUGCUCAGAGUGUGGAAAGAGAUUCAGUCAGAAUGGCAGUCUUCAGGAGCAUCUAAGAACCCAUACAGGGGAGAAGCCUUUUGAAUGCUCAGAGUGUGGAAAGAAAUUCAGUCAUAGAGGCAAUCUUCAAAAGCAUCUAAGAACCCAUACAGGGGAGAAGCCUUUUGAAUGCUCAGAGUGUGGAAAGAGAUUCAGUCAGAAUGGCAGUCUUCAGGAGCAUCUAAGAACCCACACGGGGGAGAAGCCUUUUGAAUGCUCAGAGUGUGGAAAGAAAUUCAGUCACAGAGGCACUCUUCAAAGUCAUCUAAGAACCCAUACAGGGGAGAAGCCUUUUGAAUGCUCAGUGUGUGGAAAGAGAUUCAGUCAGAGGGGCACUCUUCAAAGUCAUCUAAGAACCCACAUGGUGGAGAAUGCUCAAAAUGCUGGGGAUGGGGAUCACUUGAGUUCAAGAGCCAGAGUGUUGACUUACAACUGUGUGGAUCUGGGUUCAAAUCCACACUAG